GCGAACCAACACAGUAUUGUCAGGACCUGCGGCGGCGAUGAAUAGCAUGACGGGGUUCCCUGGCGUGUCAAGCCUAGUGGAGCAACUGGACAAGCAACUGCUCGUGGUGUUGCGGGAUGGCCGACAUCUUGUGGGCAUCAUUCGUAGUUUUGACCAAUUUUGUACGUAUGCACGCACACGUCCAUUCUUUGCCAGGACAAAGCGGCGAUGCGGAUGGGUGCCCGAGAUGAUGAUCGUGGUUCUUCCUGCGUAGCAAACAUUGUGCUGGAAGGCACAUGCGAGCGCCACGUUGUCGGCAACACAUACUGCGACAUCCCAUUAGGGCUGUACAUCAUUCGGGGGGAGAACAUUGUGCUCAUGGGCGAACUGGAUCAAGCCAAGGAAGCCGAGGACGUCAACCUCACGCGCAAAUCGGCGGAAGAGGUGCUCACGGCCGAAAUGGAGCAGAAUGAGCAAGGGCUGCCCACCGUGCGGGACGCGUGGAACUUUGACCAUCCGUCGCAACACUAAUCCCAUUCUGUUCUUCGUUCCACGAUCUUCUUGGAUAGACAAUAGUAUGUAAUACAUAAUACUAGUAAGUAUAACGUUAC